GUCCCGCUCUUGCUGCUGUUAAUCUCAGUUAAAGCAGAGAUCGAUAGCGGGACGGUCUGAGGAGGACUGACGCACGUUGGCCUCCAGGUGACGCGAAUGCGCGCUCUGCUUCGCGCGCCGCCUCCUCCGCCGCUCGUCCCCGCGAGUUGCUCUUGUUUUUUUUUUUUUCUUUUUUUUUUUUUCUUUUUUCUUUUUCCCUCCCCUCGCACCAGCCAGAGUCGCGCCGUCUCUUUUCGGGCUCCGGUUACUGCAGGCGACCUCGUUUCAGCACCGCACACGCGAACAGCUCCGUUCCCGCGGCGCCAUCGGAAACACAAGGCGCGCUCACGACGCUCCGGUCUCCGGGUACGCGCGUCGAGCCCGAGCGGAGCUGUCCGACAUAUCAGCACGUUGCUCUUCUCAUCACACGGUUGCGUUUCAUUGUCCGGAAUAGCCUGGAACAAAAAGCACCGGCCGGAUCCCCCGAGACCGCCGCGAACUCCCAGCGAGAGCCUGUCCGAGGAUGGCGUCCAAGAGCACGGGCUUCUUCACCGGAUACCUCGUCCUUAUUCACAUGUUCUUCCAUUUAUCUACAUUUUUUAUUUAUCACAGCGGUGCGUUCCCAACACCUGGCGAGAGAGACGUCGACAGAGCUGUAUAUAACAGGCAGCUGAGCGAAGAACGUCCACUGCAGGAACAGAUUGCAGAAGCAGACAGCGCCACUAAGGCAAACCCAAACAACAAGUCAGAAUCUGAGUCCGCUGAGCCAACAACAGAACCUGACAGCAAUUUCACCGCGCUAAAGUCUCUAGCAGAAAGAGCCAAGGACACGGCGAGCGAAGGUACUAGUGCCGGCGCCUCGGAUGUGCUCUCCUUCACCGAAGACGUGGAUUCAACCAAAAGCAGACGGCUGGCAGAAGAUUAUGACUCCACCAAAAGUGCCAUGGACCACAAAUACAAAGAUGACCCAGAUAGUUUCCAGCAGAUAGACGGCACUCCACUGACGGCAGACGAUAUUGUUCAGAAGAUUGCUAACAAAAUAUAUGAGGAAGAUGACAGAGGAGUGUUCGACAGGAUCGUGUCUAAGCUCUUGAAACUUGGACUGAUUACAGAGAGCCAGGCUGACACUCUUGAGUAUGAGGUGGCUGAAGCCCUACAAGAUCUCAUCACAAAGAAUGCCAGAAACAAUGAAGCUGAAGAUAUCAGCAUGGACUACACCAUCUCCAGGGACAGUGACCAUGAGCAGAACCCAGACAUGAACAUGGAGACCACAGAGAAGCCGGGCAGGAAGGAUAAGGUGGAAGCCGAACAGGAGCAUGAUGACACCGUGGAUGGUGUCUGGACCCCCCACAAGGAAGCAGACCAGAGCAACCAGCUGAGCUCUAUAGAUGGCCUAGAGGACUUGCAGUACUUCCCUAACUUCUACAACCUUCUAAAGAGCCUCAACACAGAGAAAGAUGCAGAAGAAAGAGAAACUCUGAUCACCAUAAUGAAGACUCUGAUUGAUUUUGUGAAGAUGAUGGUCAAAUACAGCACAAUCACCCCUGAGGAAGGAGUGUCUUACCUCGAAAACCUGGAUGCCAUGAUUGCUCAGCAUACGAAGAAGAAGCUAGGAAAAUCCCUUACAACAAGCAGCAAACCAUUCACAGAGAAGAGCAGCGAGGAGGUGGACAACACAAAGGAAGCAGCCUCCAGAAUGCAGAAGGAGUACGAACUGCUGAAGGACUCCACCAAGGACAAUCAGGCAGUCGUUGAGACACGCCACUCCGGGAAAUCGGAAACCUAUCUGGAGGCUAUCAGGAAGAAUAUUGAGUGGCUGAAAAAGCAGAAUAAAGGCGGCAGCAAGGAGGAUUAUGACCUGUCCAAGCUGCGGGACUUCAUGGAUCAGCAGGUGGACACUUACAUCAACAAGGGCAUACUGAAGAAAGACGAGGGGGAGGUCAUCAAGAGGAUCUAUGACAGCAUGUAACCCCGUUCACUUCCUUACCGAGCACAAGGCAGAAAACGAAUAGGCUAAAUGCAAUUAAAAAAUGUAAAAUAAAUUAUGUGUAUGUAUUAAAGGAAAAUGAUACAUGCAAAUGACCUGCAUUUCACAAGGUUUGCUCUUGCGCAGUUGUGUAAAAUCUUGAGGGAUCGUGG